AUGAUGUCUGUUUUGCAACUGGCAAACAACUCAUUCAGCGGCUCCAUGCCCAACUUUGGCAACUUAAGAUACUUGCGUAUUCUUCUUGUUUGGAUGAAUAAUCUAAGUGGAGCCGAAUCUCCAGAUCAGGAGCUAGAAUUCAUCUCCUCGUUAGCUAAUUGCCGAUUUCUAGAAGAACUACAAAUCUCGGCCAAUCCACUCAACGGUAUCCUCCCAGGCUCAAUUGGGAAUUUAUCCACAUCUCUUAAAUUUUUCCUUGCCCAAGACUGCAACGUUAAGGGAAUUAUUCCUUCUGCCAUUGGAGACUUGAGUAGUUUGCAGUAUCUAUUGUUAGAUAGAAAUCAACUGAGGGGACUCAUACCAUCAACAAUGGGAAAAUUAAGGAAACUCCAAAUAUUAGGUCUUUCGAGGAAUAGACUGGAAGGAUUUAUCCCUCUGGAUAUUUGUCAAUUACGUAAUAUGGGCGACUUUUACCUCCACACGAAUCUUCUCACAGGUCCCAUACCUGAAUGCUUUGGUGAACUUAAAUCCCUGAGAAAAAUUUACAUGAGUUCAAACAAGCUGAAUUCCACCAUACCUUCCAAUUUUUGGAAUCUUAAGGAUCUAUUGUUUCUCAACUUGUCAUCAAACAACUUUAGUGGUCAACUUCCAAAUGAGAUUGCGGGUUUGCAUGCAAUCAACACAUUAGAAUUGUCCCAUAAUCACUUCUCGGCAGAUAUUCCAAGCUCAAUCGAUGGAUGUCAAUCAUUAUAUAUCCUGAAUUUGUCCAGCAACAAGCUCGAUGGAUCUAUACCUCCAUCAUUGGGACACAUCAAAGGCUUGUUCACGUUGGAUUUAUCUAAUAACAAUCUUUCGGGGCCAAUUCCAGAGUCCUUAGAAAGCCUCAAUUUACUUCAACACUUCAAUGUGUCAGACAACAAGCUGGAGGGAAAGAUUCCCACAGCGGGCUCUUUUAUUAACUUCACAUCCCAAUAUUUUCUUCACAAUUAUGCACUUUGUGGAGAUCAAAGAUUUCAAGUGCCUGCUUGCAUUGGGAACAACACAAAAAGUUCCGGAUCAAAGAAAGGCGAUCUGUUGAUAAAGUAUAUUUUGCCUCCAUUCGUUUCCAUUAUCAUAUUGACCACCAUUAUACUAGUUGUGCUGGCAAGGAAACGUACACCAAAGAGAGGACCAAGUCCUACUGAUAUCUCACCAGGUGUCAUUUGGAGAAGGAUAUCAUACAUAGAACUUGUAAGGGGAACAAAUGCCUUUAAUGAAACCAACCUGCUGGGUAUAGGAAGCUUUGGUUCAGUUUUCAAAGGAGUGCUCAACACAGAGUUCAAAGCUUUGAUUCUUGAAUACAUGCCAAAUGGGAGCUUGGAGAAAUGCCGAGUAAUGUGUUGCUCGACGAGGAUAGCCAAGCUCUUUGAUGAUGGGGAGACUAUGGUUCAUACCAAAACUUUGGCGACCAUUGGUUACGCAGCACCAGAGUAUGGAUCAGAAGGGAGAGUGUCAACUAGUGCAGAUGUUUAUGGCUACGACAUAUUGUUGCUGGAAAUUUUUACAAGGAAAAAGCCGACAGACAAUAUGUUUUGUGAAGACAUGAGCUUAAAGGAAUGGGUCCAUGAAGCAUUACGAGAUAAUGCAGCGACUGAAGUUGUUGGUCUUGAUUUGCUAACAAGAGAAGAUGAGUACUUUCACGCAAAGGAAGAAUGUGUUUCGUCUGUCUUUAGCUUGGCGAUGAAAGAAUAA